AUGGAUAAGGUGAACCCUACUUGGGUUCAGGACAAUGUUGAUAGUAAUGAAGACUCAAACUGCUCCAAAGGUUUUAAACAGCGGGAUCUUCGGCACCUCUUAAAUACAAAAAAGAAAGGGAAAAGAAUAGAAGUUGAUCUGAAGGCUAAACAUGAUGUUCUCAACAGUGAAAGAACUUUUGAGCAGCAACAAUCAGAGGCCAAUCUCAUUGAGCUUGGCAGAUGCAAUGCUAUGUUUACUCGUGCUCUAGCAUUCAAAGAAGAGUUUUAUGAAAAGGUUUGUUGGGGACACGCUCCACCUGAUCUUUACCAGCAUGAAGCUUCCUCUGAUGAUAAUGACAUGAUCUACAGUACUCCGGAUCUUCAGGAAAUCAAAAGUGCAGUUUUUGCAAUUAACAAGGGUAGUGUUGCUGGAGCUGUAGGCUUUACUAGUCUCUUCUAUCAACAUUGUUGGGACAUUAUCCACGAAGAUCUUAUUGCUGCGAUCCAAGAAUUCUUCACUGGAUCUCCCAUCUCGAGAAGUUUUACUGCCUCCACCCUCAUCCCUUUGCCUAAAGUGGAUGACCCUGUUUACUGGAACAACUUCAGGCCGAUAAGCUUGUGCAACGUGGUUAACAAGAUCAAAUACAAAAUCUUGUGUACAAGGCUAGCCUCCAUCAUUCCUCCCAUGAUAUCCAAGACUCAGAGAGGAUUUAUCAAAGGGCAGAGUAUUGCGGAUAAUAUCUUACUUGCGACUGAAAUGGUUCAUGAUCUCAAUAGCCGCCAAAAAGCACAUAGCCUCAUCAUGAAACUUGACAUGGAAAAAGCUUAUGACAGAGUUAAUUGA